GGAGUGUUCCGGUAGGCUACUUUAAAAACGCUGCUCAAACAAAGGAUACCUGCAUAGGAUUCCUUAACCUCCAUUAAGAACCCUGUCAAAGCAACCUCAUAGCCAGCAACAUGGUUGAGUGGACAGACUUUGAGCGCGCCACAAUCCAGAGCAUCUUCUCGAAGAUGGACUACGAUGACGUGGGCCCCGCGGCUCUUUCCAGGUGAGCUACCUUUUAUACCCUAUUUGAUGUCAGUGUUAUGGUGCCUUAAAGACUGUUGCCUACAAAUUAUUGGAAUUAGUCAUGUUGUUAUCAGAUUAUUUCGCUUGUUAUAACGCUUUUCAAGUCGGGUUCUUAUUUGACACAUGCACGUAAUUUUCCCGUAAUGGACAUCCCCAAACGACAAAAUAAUUGAUUUGUGUAAAUUGAAUGUGAUUCUUGACUGUUUAUUAUUUCUACAGGUGUCUGGUCGUGUACCCCUGGACCCAGAGGUAUUUUGGUAACUUCGGAAACCUGUACAAUGCCGCUGCCAUCCAGGGAAACCCAAUGGUCGCCGCUCACGGAAAGACCGUCCUGCACGGACUGGACCGGGCUGUCAAGAACAUGGAUAACAUCAAGGCCACCUACGCAGAACUGAGCGUGCUGCACUCCGAGAAACUGCACGUGGAUCCCGACAAUUUCAGGGUAAAUUAGUUCUCCUUUUCUACUUCACAAGGUCACAUUCUACUUGCCUAUCUAUUACAAUAGUGUGGCAGAAUGCGUUUCUUACAUGUCAAUUUUAUCCUUUCUUUUGCAGCUGCUGGCUGACUGCCUGACUAUUGUCGUUGCUGCGAGAAUGGGUGCUGACUUCACCGCUGAUGUCCAGGGCGCUUUCCAGAAGUUCCUGGCCGUCGUGGUGAGCUCCCUGGGCAGACAGUACCACUAG